UAUGAUUAUGAGACCCAGGAAGAUUUGAAAUAAUAAGCUGCAGCUUAACUUCAUCAUAAUAAGACCGUGUCACAUAUUCUACAGUCUGUUCCUUCAUCCUAGUGGCCCAGAGGCGAAUAACCUUAACCUCCUACAGCUCAUUCAGUCGACUCCUCCACAGAAACAUCGCACACGGCUCCGCACUGAGCCCGGACGAAGAACGGCCGUCUCACACGGAGAUACAAGCUGAGGUUACCAAAACAUAGACAAGCGUCCGUUUUUUCCAGGGAGUCUCCAUUAGUUCCGUCCCGAGGUCUCUAAUGGCUUCUAUUGUAAUUGCUAUGAUGUCAGAGAGUCCGUCCGCCCUAAUGGCCUCCUAAAAACAACAACAAGGACAGGCCGGUUCCAUUCACCAGCUGUUGUCAGGGCAGAGACACGGGCGUCCAGCAGCUCAAACUUCAGUCUUCACAUGAGAAGGUGAGAGUUUCCCUUUGUCUGUUCAGAGCGCGGUCACUGCUUCCCAUUCAGUAGUAGCUACUUUAAACCAUCGUUGGUGUAGUUUCAGCGUGUUCGUGCAGCCAGACGUUCCGCGGAGCCGAGCUCUGACUCUCUGCGAUGACUGUGCUUUUUAGAAUCGUUGUUCUUCUUCUGUUGAAGUAAUAGUUUCAACUGUUCACAUAUGUUAAUCUCCACGUCAGAUGUAAAAUGUAGCCGAGCCACACGCGAGGUUUACGAUCGCAACCGCUUGGACUUAACCGCGUUUGUCUCGUUCUGCGCCAGCAUGCGUCUCCAUCCUCUGUCCCUUUCCCUCCUCCUCCUCCUGGUUGCCGGGGCAGCCGUGGUGUGCGUUACCGUGACGACCCCGUUCCACGGUUUCCGGGGCUGCGCGGUGCGGGAGUUUUCCUUCGUGGCCCAGAAGCCCGGCUGCAGGAGCCUGCGCAUCACCACGGAGGCCUGCUGGGGGCGAUGCCACACCUGGGAGAAACCAGUUCCGGAGCCGUCCUACAUCCAAAGGCACCACCGCGUGUGCACGUACAGCCGCAGCCGCUACGCCAGCGCCCGGCUGCCGGGCUGCCGGCCCCCCGUCUCCCCUCUGUACCACUACCCAGUGGCCGUGCACUGCCACUGCGCCGUCUGCUCCACGCUGGACACCGAGUGCGAGACCUUCUGAAGGAAGGAGGCUCGCUGACUGAUUCAUGAACUGGUGACACGCGUUUUUAUCCAUAACAGACAACUGUCACUUUUAUUGAAUGUCAAAUGAGACCAGUGUGUGCAGAUACAUGAUUACACUGCAUGGUAUAAAUAAAAAGCAAUGAUACGGGGAGACUGUGUGUCUUUGUAAUUAGUUGCCACAGUGUUACUAUUAAUACUAGUAUUUAGAUAAAAAUGUACAAACUAUUUUUGCAAACUAAACCAAAAUAAGAUAUGUGUUGACUUCAUCAUUCAUUUGCAUUAAAGUUAUUUGUGAGACCAAAACCAAAUGGUUCAA